GUUCACCCUGACUGCCCAGAGCCUUUUCCAGAUCAAGCGUCAGCUGGACAAACUGGGGGAGCUGGUGGUGAAGGUGACCUAUGAGAGCGACCCAAUACCCCUGCAAAAGCCUCAGAUGGAAGAGAGAGUGAAAUAUCUCAUCUACCAUCUCAUCAAGAGCUCAUUUGUGGUGGAGAAGCAGCCAUGUAUGCCCACACAUCCACAGAAACCCCUCAUCAUUAAGACUGGAGUACAGUUCACCACCAAAGUCAGACUCCUGGUUAAACUUCCAGAAGUGGAUUAUCAGCUGAAAGUGAAAACAACAUUUGACAAGGACCUCCCCCCGGGCAGAGU